CGAGCGCAUCACAGUGAACUGCAUCUGACAGCUUGCCAGGUUGGAGCAGGAGAAAAAACACCACACACAAGAGAGUAAACGACCGGUGGAACAGACCCGCUGUAAUUUUCACAAACCGAGCAUCAUCCAAAUCUACCCGGUAGAGACAAUAAAGAAAAGAAAGGAGGGAUCUUUCGCGGUUACAGUCCUCCCACAAAGCUCGCAUGUAUGGAAGGAUAAUGUUUUUGUUUUAACGCCCCAGAUGAUUGCGUACCAGGGGUAGCUAUUGAAAUACGCAAAAACCUGCCGCUUCGUUGGAUUUUCCUCCGAGACUGAGGCCAUGAAUUCCGCGGAGCAGACGGUCACUUGGCUGAUCACACUCGGGGUGCUGGAGUCUCCGAAAAAGACUAUAUCGGAUCCAGAGGCAUUUUUACAGACCUCCCUCAAAGAUGGGGUGGUCUUGUGCAGACUGCUGGAGCGGCUGAGCCCGGGCUCCAUGGACAAAAUCUACCAAGAACCGAAGAACGACGGCGAGUGCUUGAGCAACAUAAAGGAGUUUCUCAAAGGCUGCACUUCGUUUCGCGUAGAGCUGUUUGAGCCCAGUGAUCUGCUCCUAGGACUGAACUUCUCCAAGAUACUCAGCAGUCUGGUGGCUCUCAACAAAGUGACUGCAGACAUUGGAGUGGGCAGUGACAGUGUCUGUGCCCGUCACUCGUCAGCCUAUCGGAUCAAGUCGUUUGAGUCUCUGGCCUCCCAGUCAUCACUGGGUCAAUCCUCCAAGCUGCACCAGUUCCGCAGCCUGGACAUGUCUGAGGGCAGCGGGACACAGCUACUGGUCAAGGCUCGCUUCAACUUUGAACAAACCAAUGAGGACGAGCUGUCCUUCAACAAGGGGGAUGUCAUCAAUGUGACACGCCAGGAGGAGGGCGGCUGGUGGGAGGGGAACUUCAACGGCAAGACCGGCUGGUUCCCUAGCAACUAUGUCCGUGAGAUCAAAGGCUGUGACAAACAAGUGUCCCCCAAAUCUGGGACCCUCAAGAGCCCCCCAAAAGGCGUUGACACUACGGCCAUUAGCAAGACCUACUACAACCUGGUGCUGCAGAACAUUCUAGAAACAGAGACAGAAUAUUCCAAGGACCUCCAGAGCCUUCUGACUAACUACCUGCGAUCACUCCAGAGCACAGAGAAACUGAGCAGUACAGAUGUGUACCUGAUCCUGGGGAACCUGGAGGAUAUCAACACCUUCCAGCAGAUGCUCGUCCAAUCACUGGAGGAGUGCACCAAACUUCCAGAGAGCCAGCAGAGGGUAGGGGGAUUCUUCAUGAACCUGAUGCCCCAGAUGAAGGCUCUCUACGUGGGUUACUGCUCCAACCACCCCUCGGCAGUCAACGUGCUCACCCAGCACAGUGAGGAGCUGGGGGAGUUUAUGGAGGGGAAGGGAGCCAGUAGUCCAGGUAUCCUGACCCUGACCACAGGUCUCAGUAAACCCUUCAUGAGGCUGGACAAAUACCCUACACUAACGAAGGAACUGGAGAGACACAUGGAGGAGAGUCACCCCGACUGGCCAGACAUCCAGAAGUGUAUGACAACGUUCAAGAGCCUCUCGGCCCAGUGCCAGGAGGUGAGGAAGAGGAAGGAGCUGGAGCUGCAGAUAGUGACUGAGUCCAUCAGGCUGUGGGAGGGAGAUGACAUCAGGACACUGGGCUCUGUUCUCUACAUGAGUCAGGCUUUGGUUAACAGCCCUGGAGCAGAGGAGAAGUGUGAGCGCUACCUCAUGCUUUUUCCUCAUGUCCUCCUCAUGCUGUCUGCCAGUCCAAGGAUGAGUGGCUUCAUAUUCCAGGGGAAGCUACCAUUGACUGGUAUGACUGUGACCAUGCUAGAGGACAGUGAGGCCCACAAAAACUCCUUUGAGCUUUCUGGCAGUCUAUUUGAGCGUCUCCAGGUUGUGUGUAACAAUCAGCAGGAUCAGCAGGACUGGGUAGACCACCUGACCCGUCAGACCAAACACACCACUGUCCCCAGCCACAAACCCCUCACUGUCCCCUGCCACACGUUGCCCUCCCAUCCUCUGACUCCGUCCCGUCACGCGGAGGGCCGGGCGAUGACGGUGGCUCCUGCCUACCACACCCUGCCACACCCCUCCUCCCACGGGGCUCCACACAGCACCAUGAUGUGGGGGCCCCUGGAGCCCCCCAACACCCCCAAGCCCUGGAGCCUCAGCUGCCUGCGUCCCUCACCCCCUCUCAGGCCCUCUGCAGCUCUCUCCUACAAGGAGGACCUCAGUAAAAGCCCUAAGAGUGUGAAGAAGCUUCUUCCUAAACGUAAACCAGAGCGAAAACAGUCAGAAGAGGAGUUUGCCCUGAGGAAGAGUACAGCUGCUCUAGAGGAAGAUGCUCAGAUCUUAAAGGUGAUAGAAGCUUACUGUACCAGCGCCAAGACCAGACAGACCCUCAACUCCACCUGGCAGGGCACUGACCUGAUGCACAACCACGUGCUGGGGGACUUGGACCGGUCCUGUGUGGACUCUCCAGGCCACCGUAGCAGCGUGUCACGGCCUGACGUGACUGGCUCAGACCUGUCGGAGGACUCUGACUACGACUCUGUGUGGACGACCCACAGUUACAGGAUGGGCUCAGUGUCGCGGACGAUGCGGAGGGACACAGGGCUGCAAGUCAUCAUCCCUGGAGAGGAGAAGAUCAUUGUGGAGGAGACCACGAGCAACGGACAGACUGUAGUCGGAGAGAAGAGCCUUGACGAUGUAGUGUACGCCCUGAGGGACGAGGUACAGGAGCUCAAACAGGACAAUAAGAAGAUGAAGAGGUCACUGGAGGAGGAGCAGAGGGCACGGAAAGAUCUGGAGAAAGUGGUCAGGAGGGUCUUAAAGACUAUGAACGACCCCACCUGGGACGAGACUAACUUAUGAAGUGUGUGUGUGUGUGCAUUUGAGAUGGUGUGAGAGUGAAUUGUGUGUGUGUGUGUGGUGUGCUAGUGUGUGAUGGAGAAACAUGUGUGAGUGUGAAUGAGUGUUUGCGGAAACGUGGUUGUGUGUGUGUGUGUGUGUGUGUGUGUGUGUGUGUGUGUGUGUGUGUGUGUGUGUGUGUGUGUGUGUGUGUGUGUAACUAGGACCCUGAGUUUUCCCUGGUCAGGUCACAUGGCUAGGAAAAAGUUGUGGCUCCACCAAUUACAAUGAGGAACGUCUGUGGAUCUCUCCCAAAAACCAACAUGGACCUGGAGUCUUCCCUCUCUCCCUCCCUCCGUCUCUGUUUACAAAUGAUACUCAGCAAAGCAUUACAGCUCUAAUGGUACUGUACAAAACAACUCCUCAUUCACCUCUUCUCUACUGUUAUUUAAUUACUAUGAAAUCUAUCCGUUUUAAUGUCUUAUAUUUCCAUUGUCUUGUGGUAUUCUGUGUAAGGACUUGUAGCGGCCUGCCUUGUGGUUGGGCCUUGUGUUGUCAUGGAUCGGUGGGUCAGCAGGGAUUUGUAAAGAAAUGGACUGGCUGGUGUUGGUACUGACUGGUAUUGGUAUUGACUGGUAUUGGUACCUUCAAGCAUUGGUACUGAAUGGUAUUGGUAUUGGUACUGACUGGUAUUGAUAUUGGUACUGACUGAUAUUGAUAUUGGUACUGACUGGUAUUGAUAUUGGUAUUGGUACUGACUGGUAUUGAUAUUGGUACUGACUGGUAUUGGUAUUGGUACUGACUGGUAUUGAUAUUGGAACUGACUGGUAUUGAUAUUGGUACUGGCUGGUAUUGAUAUUGGUACUGUCUGGUAUUGAUAUUGGUACUGGCUGGUAUUGAUAUUGGUAUUGGUACUGACUGGUAUUGAUAUUGAUAUUUGUACUGACUGGUAUUGAUAUUGGUACUGACUGGUAUUGAUAUUGUUACUGACUGGUAUUGGUAUUGAUAUUUGUACUGACUGGUAUUGAUAUUGGUACUGACUGGUAUUGAUAUUGAUAUUUGUACUGUUUGGUAUUGAUAUUGGUACUGACUGGUAUUGAUAUUGGUAAUGCCUGGUAUUGAUAUUGGUACUGACUGGUAUUGGUAUUGAUAUUGGUACUGACUGGUAUUGCUAUUGGUAUUGGUAAUGACUUGUAUUGAUAUUGAUAUUGGUACUGACUGUUAUUGAUAUUGGUACUGACUGUUAUUGAUAUUGGUAUUGGUACUGACUGGUAUUGAUAUUGGUACUGGCAGUUAUUGAUAUUGGUACUGGCUGGUAUUGAUAUUGGUACUGGCAGGUAUUGAUAUUGGUACUGACUGGUAUUGAUAUUGGUACCGACUGGUAUUGGUACUGACUGGUAUUGAUAUUGGUACUGACUGGUAUUGAUAUUGAUACCGGCUGGUAUUGAUAUUGGUAUUUAUACUGACUGAUAUUGAUAUUGGUAUUUAUACUGUCUGGUAUUGAUAUUGGUACUGGCUGGUAUUGAUAUUGGUAUUGGUACUGACUGGUAUUGAUAUUGAUAUUUGUACUGACUGGUAUUGAUAUUGGUACUGACUGGUAUUGAUAUUGUUACUGACUGGUAUUGGUAUUGAUAUUUGUACUGACUGGUAUUGAUAUUGGUACUGACUGGUAUUGAUAUUGAUAUUUGUACUGUUUGGUAUUGAUAUUGGUACUGACUGGUAUUGAUAUUGGUACUGCCUGGUAUUGAUAUUGGUACUGACUGGUAUUGGUAUUGAUAUUGGUACUGACUGGUAUUGCUAUUGGUAUUGGUAAUGACUUGUAUUGAUAUUGAUAUUGGUACUGACUGUUAUUGAUAUUGGUACUGUCUGGUAUUGAUAUUGGUACUGGCUGGUAUUGAUAUUGGUAUUGGUACUGACUGGUAUUGAUAUUGAUAUUUGUACUGACUGGUAUUGAUAUUGGUACUGACUGGUAUUGAUAUUGUUACUGACUGGUAUUGGUAUUGAUAUUUGUACUGACUGGUAUUGAUAUUGGUACUGACUGGUAUUGAUAUUGAUAUUUGUACUGUUUGGUAUUGAUAUUGGUACUGACUGGUAUUGAUAUUGGUACUGCCUGGUAUUGAUAUUGGUACUGACUGGUAUUGGUAUUGAUAUUGGUACUGACUGGUAUUGCUAUUGGUAUUGGUAAUGACUUGUAUUGAUAUUGAUAUUGGUACUGACUGUUAUUGAUAUUGGUACUGACUGUUAUUGAUAUUGGUAUUGGUACUGACUGGUAUUGAUAUUGGUACUGGCAGUUAUUGAUAUUGGUACUGGCUGGUAUUGAUAUUGGUACUGGCAGGUAUUGAUAUUGGUACUGACUGGUAUUGAUAUUGGUACCGACUGGUAUUGGUACUGACUGGUAUUGAUAUUGGUACUGACUGGUAUUGAUAUUGAUACCGGCUGGUAUUGAUAUUGGUAUUUAUACUGACUGAUAUUGAUAUUGGUAUUUAUACUGUCUGGUAUUGAUAUUGGUACUGACUGGUAUUGAUAUUGAUAUUUAUACUGGCUGGUAUUGAUAUUGGUAUUUAUCCUGGCUGAUAUUGAUAUUGGUAUUUAUACUGGCUGAUAUUGAUAUUUAUACCGGCUGGUAUUGAUAUUGGUACUGACUGGUAUUGGUACUGACUGGUAUUGAUAUUGGUACUGACUGGUAUUGAUAUUGAUAUUGGUAUUUAUACUGACUGGUAUUGAUAUUGGUAUUUAUACUGUCUGGUAUUGAUAUUGGUAUUUAUACUUGUCUGGUAUUGAUAUUGGUAUUUAUACUGUCUGGUAUUGAUAUUGGUAUUUAUACUUGUCUGGUAUUGCUAUUGGUAUUUAUACUGUCUGGUAUUGAUAUUGAUAUUUAUACUGGCUGGUAUUGAUAUUGGUAUUUAUACUGACUGAUAUUGAUAUUGGUAUUUAUAAUGUCUGGUAUUGAUAUUGAUAUUUAUACUGUCUGGUAUUGAUAUUGGUACUGACUGGUAUUGAUAUUGGUAUUUAUACUGUCUGGUAUUGAUAUUGGUACUGAUUGAUAUUGAUAUUGGUACUGACUGGUAUUGAUAUUGGUACUGUCUGGUAUUGAUAUUGGUACUGACUGGUAUUGAUAUUGGUACUGACUGGUAUUGAUAUUGGUACUGACUGGUAUUGAUAUUGGUAUUAAUACUGGCUGGUAUUGAUAUUGGUACUGACUGGUAUUGAUAUUGGUAUUUAUACUGUCUGGUAUUGAUAUUGGUACUGUCUGGUAUUGAUAUUGGUACUGACUGGUAUUGAUAUUGGUACUGUCUGGUAUUGAUAUUGGUACUGACUGGUAUUGAUAUUGGUAUUUAUACUGUCUGGUAUUGAUAUUGGUACUGUCUGGUAUUGAUAUUGGUACUGACUGGUAUUGAUAUUGGUACGGUCUGGUAUUGAUAUUGGUACUGACUGGUAUUGAUAUUGGUACUGACUGGUAUUCAUAUUGGUAUUAAUACUGGCUGGUAUUGGUACGCUUUGAUGUAAAUAUGAACAUUGCUAAGGUAUGAAAUAAAAUGUGUUUUCAGCGAC